AUGCUUGAAGGAUUCAAGGCCAUAGACAAGGCACAGCGCAUGUUCGGCACAUGCAGCGAAGAAGAGGUCACCGAGCAGGUGCAGAUCCUGCAAGCCAUCGUUGAUCGCAGAGCUGCGAAGGACGAAGUCAAGAAGACGAAGAAAGACAAGGAGCAAAAGCGUCGCGACUCGUUGGAGUCCACGGGCUCGCAGCUGUGCGUGGAGGCCGAGCAGCGGGUGGCCAAGAGACAGCGAAGUGUGGGUCCGACGCCGAAGAAAGAAGACCAGGAUAUUCAAGAUCUUCUCGAAUUUGAGAAACAAAAGCAUACUGACGACCAUACGUUUAGAAUGGAGCGACUCGAGUACGAAAAGGAAGAACAAAAGCUACGGCUGGCUCAAAUGGCCGAAAGUGCCAAGCGAAACGAGCAAUUAGAACGACUCUUGUUAGAGAUGGGAAAGUUGAUCCAAGUCGUUGCGGAAAAAUCAAAUUAA